AUGAGGCCUCAUUAUCUGGCAGGUAUCAAAGACGCAGACUCUGCUAGGAAAGGCGUGGCAGUUGCCACACUUUUUGGUGCCUGUAAUUCGGACGCAGUGCGCGAAGGGACCCUUGCCCUCCCGACAGCAAAUGCAAGGGUUGUCAAGGAGAUCACCAACCACCUGGAUCAAGUCAGCUUCGGCACGCUUAACGUAGUCACCAACCCAGUUCUAGAAAAGGAUGGGGGUUGCAAUGUCACAGCCGUCGACUAG